AUGGUUCUUUCUGGUGCUGAAAGAGCUCGACGUUGCCGAGAAAAAAAGAAGAAAGCAGGAUUGAGUGAGAUUAUGAAGCAAAAAGAUCGAAAACGUAAACAAAUUCAGAGCGUACAUUGGUCUAGAAAGCAACUGUCAUUAUUUACUGCUCAUGUAUGGACAAAUUCUACAACUUAUCCUCUUGUUAUUGUAUCGAAAGAUAUAUCACAUAAUAAAUAUACAGUUGCUACCUGUCUUGAACGCAUCCUUACACGUUUACAGAUAUUGAUACCAUCAUUAGAUGAAUUAAUCAUAUUCAGUGAUGGCAGUUCAAGUCAGUUCAAGCAAAGAUUUUUAUUUAAAAAUUUAUCAUAUUUAGCGAAUAAAUUUGAUAUUACUUUAUCAUGGAAUUUUUUUGCUAGUAAUCAUGGAAAAGGUAAGUGA